AAUUUUCGGUAGAUUACCAAUUUAGCAGUCGAUCUACCGAAAUAUUUUACACCAAAUUUUUUGCACAUUCUUUUGCUAAUAUAGAAAGGGUAUUUUAGGCUGCUGAUUGUUAAAAACUAAUUUAAAAAAAUAUUAGAGAUCUGCACAAUUAUUAUUUGUCAUUCAAAGUGAAUCGACACAUUUUUUAAACCAAAAUAAAUGUUUAAAUGCUGUUGUAGGUAUUAGUUAUAUUUUUUUUAAACUUCGUUUUAUUUUACAUAUGCUUUAUAACAAGGAUUUUUCAAUCCUUGGCUUUUUAGCACAUCUUUAAUUUAAAUCUAAUUGUUAGUGGCAACACUGCAGCUGCAAGUUUUGAAAUUUCUUAAUUCCGCCCCUGCACCGAACAAUUUCAAACGGUAAACAAUAGGCAAGGUAGGAUGUGUUAAAUAAUUUAAAUAACAUAACUUUGACAAAGUAGUUAAAGAAAAUCCUUGUAGCAAUUAAGAUAAUGGCAUAUCCUUAAGCAAUUGAAAUAAAAUGUUGAAGAUAAAAAUUAAACUAUAGUAUACUCAUAAAAUAAAUUAGUGUGGGCAGAUUUGAUGAUUGUUUAAUUAUAAACAGAAAAGCUAUGGGUGUAACGUGAAUAAAAAUGACUGAAGAAUUUUAUACAAAUAUUGGUUGUGUGCCAAAAGUGGUGUCUACCUGGCGUAGUUUUGUUUCAUCUUUAAAAUUUGGCCACCAGGUUCACCCAUUGGAUCCCAUACCUCCAGAAGACUCAGAAUUCAUAGUAAUAGACUCAAAAUUCAAUAUUAGAGUCAUACAUAUUAAACCCAGUGAGAAAAAAAGACCUCCACCAGUAUUAAGGGAAAGUUUCAAGAGAAAUUCGCUUUCGGAGGAAUAUUGGUUUACAAAAUGGAAUAGACCUCUAAAAAUUGGCAAUUGUAAUUGCUCAUUUAGGAGAUCUAUGAGGUACUCUAUUAUAACAAAUCAACCGAGCAAAGUCAAUAGUGAAAAAAGCGCUUUAAACUUGGAUAAACCUACAAAAAUAAUAAAUGUGGAGACUUUUGUUGACCGUUUAAUUCAAGAGACGUUCUUUGAGUCAUUUCAAGAAUAUUACAUGUCUUUAUCAAAUAAAACAUCUGGAAAAGUGAAUUUAGCCUAUGAUAUAACAGAAGAGGAGUUUGGCGUCACCUUGCGAAAAAAAAAUUAUCAUGAUGUUGAGAAAAAACAAUGUGUUCACAAAAAAUCUCACAAAAAGCCAUUGAUAUUAUUGCUGCAUGGGAUUGGAAUGUCAGCUGAUGUUUGGCAAAUAUUAAUCGACACUUUGGUUAAUAAAGGUUUUGAAGUAAUAGCCCCUGAUUUAUUGGGGCAUGGUUUCAGUUCUGCCCCUGAUAUGGAAUCUCUUUAUACAUUUGAAAGUCUAUUGCUUCAGUUGAUUACAAUAUUUGAUCAUUAUAUGAUUGACAAAAAGAAAUGCAUUGUUAUAGGACAUUCAUAUGGAUGUAGUUUGUCGACAGCCCUGUAUCAGCAUAGAUCCUCUCAAAUCUCACAAAUGAUCCUCAUUAGUGGGGGUGGACCCACCCCUUUGGCAGCUCCAGUGGGAGACGGAGAAAUUUCCCCGUUCGGAUGUGUUUACACGCUUUUCAGGCCAUUGUUGUUUUGCGGUUUGAAAAGAAGUUUUUUUUAUUCCUCGAGGGGUAAACAUUUUAGCCCGUGUGACAAUGAUGGUAGUAUACCCAGUCAUGUUAUAAAUUAUAUUGCUAAAGGCCAGCAGUGGCCGCAAGGGGAUGCAGCCUUUCACAGAAGGAUUUUAGUACCAACAUUAUUGGUACAUGGGUUGCAGGACCAAAAAGUGACACUUGUUCAAGAAUGUGAAAUGGAAAGGACAAUCCCAAGAGCUUUUUUGGAAUUAAUACCAAAUGCAGGUCAUAUGUCAAUGUUGGAAACUCCCGAACAUUUAACGCACAUGGUUAUCUGUUUCUUAGACUGGUGGACACAAUAAUUAUUUACAAAUUGCCAAAUAUAUAGUAUUAAGAUUAUAGAUAUAUUGUGAUUCUAUACGUAAUUCCGUCCAAUUUGAAACGUUUACAGUAUUUUAUAUUUAUAUAUACCUACUAAAUAUAUAACUUCUUACAUAA